AGAUUGCUCGAAGGAACCAUGGAGAUCAGAGGGGCACUCACUCUGCGGAAAAGGCAAGUCCUGAUUCUCUUUGUUUUGCUGGGAUUGUCUAAGGCGGGGUCUGAAUCUGUGCGUUAUUCUGUGGCAGAGGAAACAGAAAUUGGCUCUUUUGUGGCCAAUCUGGCAAGGGAUCUGGGGCUUGGUGUGGAGGAGCUGUCCUCACGGGAGGCCCGGAUAAUUUCUGAUGAUAAUGAAAAACAUUUGAAGCUCGAUUUGCAGACUGGGGAUUUGCUCCUAAAUGAGAGACUGGAUCGAGAAGAGCUGUGUGGCUCCAUGGAGCCCUGUGUGUUGCAUUUUCAGGUGUUAUUACAAAACCCUUUAAAUUUUUUUUUGGUUGAGCUGCAUAUCAAAGACAUAAAUGAUCACUCCCCUACAUUCUUGGAUAAGGAAAUACUUUUGAAAAUAUCAGAAAAUACUGCUCUCGGAACCACAUUCCUAAUGGAGAGUGCCCAAGAUUUGGACAUAGGAAGCAACAGUCUCCAAAACUACACAAUUAGCCCCAAUUCUCAUUUCUACAUUAAAAUUCAAGACAGCGGUGAUGGAAAGAUAUACCCAGAACUCGUUCUGGACAGAAUGUUAGAUCAUGAAAAGGAGCCUGAGCUCAGAUUAACACUGGUAGCACUGGAUGGUGGGUCCCCACCAAGGUCUGGGACAACUUUGGUUCUCAUCGAGGUCUUGGACAUCAAUGACAAUGCCCCUGAGUUUCCUCAGGGGCUCUAUGAGGUGCAGGUCCUGGAAGACACAGCUAUUGGCUCCUGGAUAAUCACCAUCUCAGCUAAGGAUCUAGAUGCAGGAAAUUAUGGGAAAAUAUCUUACAUAUUCUUCCAUGCAUCUGAAGACAUUCGUAAAACAUUUGAAAUCAAUCCUGCAUCUGGGGAAGUUCGUCUAAGAUCUAGCUUGGAUUUUGAAGUAAUACAGUCCUACACUAUAAAUAUUCAGGCAACAGAUGGUGGGGGUCUUUCAGAAAAAUGCACUCUUCUGAUAAAAGUAAUGGAUGUAAAUGAUAAUGCACCAGAAGUGACCAUGCCAUCAAUUACAAACAAAGUUCCAGAGAAUUCGCCACAGACCCUUGUUGCUGUUUUUAGUAUUCGAGACCAAGACUCUGGGGACAAUGGAAAGAUGGUUUGUUCUAUUCAAGAUGAUCUCCCUUUUAUUCUAAAACCGACACUUAAGAAUUUCUUCACUCUGGUUACUGAAAAAGGACUGGACAGAGAGAUGAGAGACGAAUAUAGCAUCACCCUCACUGUCACUGACUUGGGGACCCCCAGGUUGAAAACGGAGCACAACAUCACCGUGCUGGUCUCCGACGUCAACGACAACGCCCCCGCCUUCACCCAGACCGCCUACACCCUCUUCGUCCGCGAGAACAACAGCCCCGCCCUGCACAUAGGCAGCGUCAGCGCCUCGGACAGAGACGCGGGCGCCAACGCCCAGGUCGCCUACUCGCUGCUGCCGCCCCGCGACCCCAGCCUGCCCCUGGCCUCGCUCGUGUCCAUCAACGCGGACAACGGGCAGCUGUUCGCCCUGAGGGCGCUGGACUACGAGGCCCUGCAGGCGUUCGAGUUCGGCGUGGGCGCCACGGACCGCGGGUCGCCGGCGCUGAGCAGCCAGGCGCUGGUGCGCGUGCAGGUGCUGGACGCCAACGACAACGCGCCCUUCGUGCUGUACCCGCUGCAGAACGGCUCCGCGCCCUGCACCGAGCUGGUGCCCCGCGCGGCCGAGCCGGGCUACGUGGUGAGCAAGGUGGUGGCGGUGGACGGCGACUCGGGCCAGAACGCCUGGCUGUCGUACCAGCUGCUCAAGGCCACGGAGCCCGGGCUGUUCGGCGUGUGGGCGCACAACGGCGAGGUGCGCACGGCGCGGCCGCUGGGCGAGCGCGACGCGGCCCGGCACCGGCUGCUCGUGCUGGUCAAGGACAACGGCGAGCCGCCGCUGUCGGCCAGCGUCACGCUGCACGUGCUGCUGGUGGACGGCUUCUCGCAGCCCUUCCUGCCGCUGCCCGAGGCGGCGGCCGACGCGGCGCGGGCCGACCCGCUCACCGUCUACCUGGUCGUGGCGCUGGCGUCGGUGUCGUCGCUCUUCCUGUUCUCGGUGCUGGCGUUCGUGGCGGUGCGGCUGUGCAGGAGGCGCAGGGCCGGCUUGGCGGGUGGCUGCUCGGUUCCCGAGGCCCGCUUCCCGGGCCACCUGGUGGACGUCAGCGGCACGGGGACCCUGUCCCAGAGCUACCAGUAUGAGGUGUGUCUAAUGGGAGGUACUGGGACAGAUGAAUUUAAAUUUCUGAAGCCGAUUAUUCCCAACCUUCCAGCUCCUGACAUUGGUAGGAAUGUAGAGGAAAAUGAGAACUUUAGGAAUAGCUUUGGAUUCAACAUCCAAUAA